GAUGCCUGCUAUUCCCCUUCAAUUAACCGUGGUGCCCUGUAGCAGUGGGUUUGGUUCUUUGCUACCAACUUCUUGGUUCGCUAAUAACUGCCACACUGUACUGCGACAGAUGUAAGUCUUUGGAGUGUGUGUUAUCCGAGGCUGGUCACUGACUGGAUUUGUCAGGCUUCAUUAUAUACGUCGUACAGAAUUGGAUGGGUGUGUUGGUAUCUGCACUGCUGUGGGUCAUCAUCAUCACUCGGUUGCAUGCCAUGUAUCAACGAUCCAGAAAGAUCCUGAUAUUUCUUGUUGUCACCUUCCUGGCAAUCAACACUUUUGACGGAGUGUCAGCCUUAAUGACAACGAUGCAUACUUCAGGAGAGGAACGCAUUCUCUCCGGCACCUACCAGUGCACGUUUGGCUAUACAGGAGAUGCCCUAGUUCUGGAUUCUGCUACUUGGAUACUCUCCAUUGUGUGGGAGGUGCUCACACUAUGUCUCGCAGUCUGGAUUGCGGUGAAACACUUCCGUGAACUGCGAUUACAUGCGGCAGGAGGGAUUAUCAGGGACUGUUUUACGGUGUUGAUGAAAACUCACGUGGUUUACUUUGCGAGCUUUGUCGCUGUCUCUUGCUUCGAGCUCAUUAUUGGAUUCACUCUAACAUUAUCAACGAGCCAAUAUCUCCUAGAAGAUGAGACUUUGGGUGGCUUGUUUCAGAUCUUGGAGGUCGUGCAGAUGUUCGUGCUAGGACCACGGCUGAUCCUUGGCGUUCGAGAAUAUCAUGCCAAACUCGUGGCUGGCUCCGAUGCAGCAACCGGCAUGACCUCAAUCGCUUUCCAAGAGCGCGUGCAUAUAUCGACUGGCAGUAGUGUGUAAUGCUCGGUGAAGUUGGCGCGAACGGUUGACUAGUACUUGCGGGGAGCAUGGGAAUUUUUUAUUUAUUUCUAUUCCAAGCCUCGUUGCGGUGCUCAAGUAGUUAUUUAGUGUCACAAAAUGGAUGUCAAGGAGAUAUAGGUUUAGGCGAUAUUUUCGUCGCAGUAUUUAUUCGAUUUAUUUGCUAUAGGU